AUGACCAUAAUCUAUGGAUAUAACACAGCUGAGCAGAGAAAAAUUCUAUGGGAAAGUCUAGCGGAGUGUGCCACUGGGGUCAAAGAACCAUGGAUCAUAGGGGGAGAUUUUAAUACGGUGUUACACAUCUGGGAUAGGGAAGAAGGUAACACUGUUACCUCAAAUGAAAUCCAGGAUUUUUCAGACUGUAUAACAAACCUGCAACUUAAUGAGCUCAACUGGAGGGGUGAAUAUUUCACAUGGACCAAUAAACAACAUGGAACUGACAGGAUUUAUAGUAGAAUCGAUCGAAUCUUUGGAAAUGGGGACUGGAUGAUGCAGUGGGGAAAUGGGAAAAUGGAGGAUAUCUGGGAAAAACUAAAGGCCCUCAAACCUGUCCUGAAGAAGUUGAAUACUGAUCACUUUAAGGGAAUCACUAAGCACAUUGAACAGGCUCGAAUAGAACUGCAAGAAGUACAAAAGGCAAUCACCUGGAAAUGCAAUGAAGCUCUAUUGAAUAAGGAGAAAGAAGUCCUGCUAAACUUAGAAAGAUGGUCGCUGAUUGAAGAAAGCGCUUUCAAACAAAAAUCCAAAGCUAAUUGGAUCAAACUUGGGGACUCAAAUACAAAAUAUUUUGCCGUUGUUGCCAAAGAAAGAACACAUAGGAAGCAAAUCAAAGAGAUUAAAUCACUAGCUGGGGUCAGGUUGACUGAUAACAAUGACAUAGCUGCUGAAAUCCUCUAG